AUGCUUAUUGAUUCCGGAUCUGAACUCUCUUUCAUUUCGGAAUCAACGGUAUCUCAUCUCAAUCUAACAAGGCAUCACUCAAACAUCUCAAUCAUCGGCAUUGGAGCAACAAAUUCAGGUAACACUCGAAGAGUUGUUUCAAUCACUCUCAAAUCAAUCCAUUCCUCAAAAUCAAUUUCUCUCCACGCAUACGUUCUUUCAAAAUUGUCGUCAACGCUUCCUACCACCACUCUUCCAUCUCUCAAAUGGUCUCAUCUUCAAAACAUCCCUCUUGCCGAUCCCGAUUACACCAUUCCAAUGAAAGUUGAUCUCAUCAUUGGAGCGGACGUGUAUGCUCAAAUCAUUCAACCGGACAUCAUCAAGGGACCUUCCUCAACACCCAUGGCUCAACUUACCAUCUUUGGUUGGGUAAUUCUGGGACCAACCGAUGGCAAUUCAAUCAAGGAACAUUUAUCUCAUCAUCUGAUUGUGGAUCAGCAACUGGAUGAUCUUCAAGAUCUUCUCACUAAAUUCUGGACUCAAGAAGAAGUACCUACCAAGGAAAAGGAUCAACUCACAACUCCAGAAUUGGAAUGCGAGGAGCAUUUCAAGGCCACUUACUCAAGGGACUCCAAGGGCAAAUACAUCAUUCGACUUCCAAUCUCAUCAUCACCGAGUCAACUUGGCGACUCAUUCUUCAAGGCUCAACGGUGUCUUCAUCGGCUCUUCAAACGAUUUUCAACUCAAGGACUUCUCAAGGAUCGCUACUUCGCAUUUCUUACGGAAUAUGAAGCUGAUGGACACACAACAAGGAAAUCUCUUACCAACUCACCACGGUCACCUACGGAACAAAAUCUGCACCAUUCUUGGCGGUAA